AUGAUUUAUACAUCUUCCGUGAAUCUUCUCUUUAUAUUACUUUAUACCACUCAACAACUGGCGUUGAUAUAACUUGGAACGGUUAUGGCUCACUGUAUGUUACUGUUCCUCCUAAAUACAAAGAUAAAUUGCGUGGACUGGCUGGGAAUUACAAUGGGAAUGCAAUUGACGACUUUAUGUCAUCCUAUGAGAUGUUGGAGAGUACUCCUGCAUCAUUUGGGAACUCUUGGAAGAUGAAUAAAGAUUGCCCUGAUGUUCCGGUUGAAAUAUUGGACGCUUGUGAAAAAAAUAGUGACAAAGAAUUUCUUGCAAUGACUGCGUGCCACAGUAUUUAUGGUUCAAGAUUCUCAGCCUGUCAUCUAGUAGUAAACCCUGAUGUUUACUAUAAGAUGUGCAUGUACGAGUUUUGCGAAUGCCAAAAAGAGCUCAAUUCUCAGUGUAUGUGUGACGUGCUUGCUGUGUAUUCACACAAAUGCAGUUUGGAAGAAAUAUACUUGGAUUGGAGAACUCCUAGUUUUUGUGAUAUUACAUGCAAGGGGGGCCAGAAGUACCAUGUGUGUAGCACUGGGUGUGGGAAAAACUGUCGCUCCCUCUCUAUUCCUGAAAAAUGUAAAUCACGCUGUGUAGAAGGAUGCAACUGUCCAGAUGGACAAUACCUUAACCCAUCAGGAGUAUGUGUUGAUGAUAGUGAAUGUCCAUGCUAUCACCUUGGCAGUUGGUACCAUCCUGGCCAAAUGUUACAUGCACCUGGAGUCUUAUGCCAAUGCAUUAGAGGUCGCAUACAAUGUGAAGGAAUUCAAACUCUGCCAUUAAUUUGCUUAGAAGGACAAAUCUUCCAUAACUGUACAGAGAAACUUCUAAACAAUCCACACACUACACAAGUCAUGGGUGCAGAAUGUGCAAAAACUUGUCAAAAUAAAGACCUCCCAUGCCCGCUGUCGCUCUGUGUUUCAGGUUGUGCUUGUCCUGAUGGGUAUGUGUGGCAAAGUGACCGAUGUGUUCUACCUGAUGAAUGUCCAUGCUACCACAACAGCAAGGAAUAUGCUACUGGUUCUUCUAUAACCGUUGACUGCAAUACAUGUAACUGUACAUCUGGUCGUUGGGAUUGUACUAGUAAUGUAUGUGGUGGUGAAUGUAGUGUAGUUGGUGAAGAUCAUUUCCAUACAUUUGAUGGCGCUUGGUUCGAUUUUACUGGAGACUGCGAGUAUAUUCUUGUUACGGAUGAAUGUGGUUCCACUGCAGGAGUUUUUAAAGUUACUUUUAAGAAGAAUCCAUGCACGACUUUUCGUUAUGGCUGUGCAAAAACAGUCACCCUGCAACUAGGGAUGUACCAAAUACUUUUGGAGUCAAAUCAAACUCCUGAAGAAACAACAUUGGCAACCUCUAAUGGUAUUGAUGUUCAUUAUGAGAUACUGCAUCGUGGUUUUUACUGUAUUAUUACAACCAGUAUUGGAGUAACUGUGUUUUGGGACCAAGCCACUAGAAUUUAUGUCCGUGUGGCUGCUUUUCAUAGCGGAAAGUUAUGUGGUUUAUGCGGUGACUUUAACCACGAUCAAAACAACGACUUGCUCAUGAGAAGCCAAGAAGUAGUUACAAGUCCCGUCGACUUUGGGAACAAUUGGCGGUUAAUGGAUACAUGUCCACCGAUUUCUGUGAACCACACUGAAGAAAACUGUGACAAAUAUCCUGAAAGAAAAGCAUUCGCAAUCACGCGGUGCAAUGUGUUAGAAGGACCAGAUUUUGCUGCCUGUCGAAAAGAAAUUGAUCAUCUGAAAUAUCUUGAGCAUUGCUUGUCGGACACGUGUGGUUGUGAAACAGGAGGUGAUUGUGAAUGUUUUUGCACAGCAGUUGCAGCAUAUGCACACGUGUGUAGUCAAAAAGGAAUUGUUGUUGACUGGCGAAACCCAGACAGAUGUCCAACCAUGUGUGAAGUAUAUAACAGAAACGAUACAUGUGAAUGGAAAUAUGAAGAAUGUGGAACGUCCUGUCCUGAUACUUGUUGUGACCAGCAACAAGCAAAUUGCCCCCUCCCAUGCCUUGAAGGUUGCCAUCCAAAUUGUCAAUUUGGAUUCGUUUUUAGUGAAGGGAAAGGCACCUGCAUACCUUUAUCUGAUUGUGAAACCUGUGCUCCAACUACAACAGUCGUGACUUCAACACCAACUACAAUAUACACAACUACUAAAGCUGUAACAUAUACAGCAGUAUCUGAAACAACACAGACACCUUCAAUGACUGUUACAACAACAGCUGUGCCUGUAACUACUAUUACCACAGGAGUAACAAGUUUAGCACCAGGUACCACCUUGGCACCAACAACAACUGGACCUG